AUAUGCAAAAAAGUUGAUUACUGCAAUAUUUUGAUGCAUUAAUAAAAUCAAAAUAUUUUCUGUUUUUCUUUUUUUACAAGAUUUUACUAUUUCCAUUUGAAUUCAAAAAACUCAUAGUCUGUACCUGCUGUGGAAAACUGGAUUAUGUGACUUCUUACAGAGGAAUAUUAUUUGGCUGAAAUUACUGCUGCUGCUUUUUACAUUAACAAAUGAAUUGUUGCGAAUGACAUCAUUGUUUAAAGUGAGAUUACCAUAUCAGUAUUAGAUAGACAAAGAACUCUAUAACACAAUAGAAGACCUCUUCUCGCCUUUGUGUUCACAAGUUGAGUAAAGAGGAUGAAGACCCUCUUUACUCAAUUUGCUAAUUGACUGUAUUGUUGAGUUGAUUUGCUUUUGAGGCAUCACAAUACUGUAGUGAUAUUUGGCAUUCUUGGACAUUCAGAACUAUUGACAUUUUGAUUCGACUUUCUAUUUUGAAGAUGACUUGUAAAGAAGCUUAUGGCUUCCUUGCAAGCCAUCUGCAAAAUAUCUUCAUAUUAUUUAGUGCAAUUCUGAUGAGUUCAUCGCAUUUCUGUUUAUCCUGCUGUUGAACGCACAGUUUACACUUGUUAAUCUCCUUAGUUCUGUGACUCUAAAAUGCAAAUUAUGAUAAAAUUCAAUUGACCAUUACUGAGAUAAUAUCGGCAUCAAAUUUUGCUUCUACUCUAUAUUUUACACAUGAAAAGUUCCAACUACAUAAUGGUCUAUAGAAAAUACCUUCAAGUUUUUUGUUUUCGUUUACCUGCAAUAUGGAAACCACCGUGUCUGAAAAAUGGGGAGUAAAAAAGAUUCGUUUUACUAAAUAUUACAUGUGCCAAUUUAGCAAAUUUAAUUAUCCCAGUUUAAAAGUUUGGUUAAUUUUUUAUCUUGAAUAUAAAAGCAAUUGUUGAAAGCAAAGUAAUUGUCUUUAAUAAUCGUAACAAUAUGAUAAAUUUUAAUCAUUAUCAAAGAAAGGAAUCAUCCUAAUUAAUGUAAAGAUGAGUGAAAACCUGGGCGUCACUUCGAUAGCUGAUCAUUUUGAAGGAAUCUUCAGAAUUUAUCCAUCUAUAAACCGAGCUGCACCAGACUUUUGGGGUCCCGCCGUGAAUAACGGCGGCGUUAAAGAAAUAAAAUUAUCGGAUUACAAUGCUAAAUACUUGGUGCUGAUCUUCUUUCCUAAUGAUUUCUCGUCGGGAAUAUGUCGAUCGGAGAUCAUCGCAUUUAAUGACAGAGUAGAGGAAUUCAAAAGGAUCAGCUGCGAAUUGUUAGCAUGCUCUACGGGAAGUGUAACCUGCCAUUGUUCUUGGAUAAGUACCGAAAGAGAAAGAGGAGGAUUGGGAAGAAUAAACAUCCCACUCUUAUCCGAUAAGAACUGCCGAAUUUCUAGAGAUUAUGGAGUUUUAUCCGAAGGAGAAAACAUUGCGUUUAGAGGACUGUUUAUCAUUGAUAGAGAAGGUAUGGUGCGACACGUCGUCAUCAAUGACAUGACAGUGGGCAGAUCGGUGAAGGAAACGUUACGAUUGCUUCGAGCUAUUCAACAUUGCGAUGAAUAUGGAGAAAUGUGCCCAGCGGAUUGGGAAUUACGUGAAGUUGACACUAGAUCUACUCAAACUGACAUAUGACAUAAAUGACAAAGUUUCUUAUUACGAAUCGAGUGAGAUCCUGAGAAUCGUAUUCCUGAAAAAUUCAUACUUUUAUUUUUGCUAAUUUUUCUGGUUUAUUUUAGAAUUUUGUUAUAUUAGAAUACAAACUCUCAAUUUUAUAUAUACCUUUAUUAAAAACUUUAUAAUAAC